UUGACUUCCGGUUCCCAUCUUGAAAGCUUCUUAUCUUUCUUUUAAAGAAUGGAACUAAAGAGACAGUCAGACUGUCCAUCAUUACCUCCUGGUUGGAGAAGAGAAGAAGUUGUGAGACAAUCUGGUUUAUCUGCAGGCAAAACAGAUGUUUAUUACUAUAGUCCUGAUGGGAAGAAGGUCAGAAGCAAACCAAUGAUGGCAAGAUAUCUAGGAGAAGGGUUUGAUUUAUCUGCCUUUGAUUUUCGCACUGGUAAAAUAAAUCAUUCAUCAAUCAGAAAAAGUAAGCGUCCAAACAGUGGUCCUUAUGACUUUGCUAGAGGAAUAAGGCAAGAUUCCAGUUUAUCUUUACCUAUCAGACAGACAGCUUCAAUCUUCAAACAGCCAGUUACAGUAAAGCGAAUUAGAGAAGACACAGACAGUAAAACAAAGACAGAUUUAAAACAUGGUCCACAGGAUCCUCCUAAACAGUUAUUUUGGGAGAAGCGUCUUCAAGGUUUCCAUGCAGUAGACAGUAGUGAAGAUAUUCUAAAGGCGUUAGAUUUACCAAGAAAUGUACAAGGUGUUGGACCAGAGCUAAGCACAGAGAACAUUCUACAAAGUAUUUCAGCAGCAUUACACAUGAAUAAUGGUCCAGUUAUGGGACAGACAAAUAAUAAACAAGCUCUGUCUAAAAACCCUGGUGCUAAUAUAGAUGCAAAUCAACCUCACAUUCAACAAACAAUGAUUACAGAAGAAGAUAUAAAACGACAAGAGAUGAAAGUCAUCGAGGCCAGAAGACGAUUAGAAGAAGCUAUGAAAGGAUUAUUGUGAUGAUCAAUAUUCACUCAAAACUCAUUUUGUUGCAUGCAGCGGGAUUUAUUCGAAGUAGAGUAAUGGAUGUGGCUUGCUAAAAGCCUAAAUGAAAGGUGUUUUUAUAACAUUAGCCACAGUCCCAUGGUUGAGAAAUGGACAGAAGAAGAAAUGUAACUGUUGAGAAUUAUGAAGUGUGAUUUAAUGUACAUAUUUCAAAACAUUUUUUUUUCAAUUAAUGGCAGCUUCUGAUGAAUUGUAUCUUGUUGAGAAAAAUUGUUUCAGGUUUAUGAAUCUAAUGAUUUGAUUGAUAUUCUGUAAACUGUAUAAUAAGCCUGUUUAUCAAUUGCAUGAUAAUUCAUACUAGCUACACUUUCAUUUUGAAUGUCUUCUUGGUUUAAUAAUACCUAGAAAGAAGAAAUUAACACUUAGUGUUUUGGAUGUAAUCCACUCAACAUAUUUUUCUUCUGGUUUUCCCCAUAGCCCAAAUAGCAAUGCUGUUGCCAUCUCUUGUCUUAUAAUAUCCUCCUCAUCAAACUGCAAACUUUUCUUACCUAGUAUGAAGCAAAGUGAUCUCCUUUUUAUUCACCUGUCCCAAAGGCCUAGUGUGAGCUAUUGCCAUCAUAUAGUAUCGGUUGUCCUUUGAUUUAAAAAUAUCUUCUCUGAAACUUCUUGGUCAAUCAGAACAUAACAUAGCCAUAAUCAUCCUUUGAGUUUCAAAAAGUGUCUGACAUGUCCACCAUGGCUAAAAAUAAAACAUUGGGUUGAAAGGCAAGUAUUGUCUAAUAUCUAUAAAACUGCUAUAGAUAGAGAUUUCUGGUGGGACAUAAAUGUUCAGAAUGUCAAGAUUUAAGAACUAUCCAUUUGGAUGAAAUUAUUAGAUUCCUUAUAUGAGUUAUUAUUCAUCACUUUCCAAAAUACAUCCCAGAUUCUUACCUCAUAAAUUUCUUAUUCUCUGGUACAUUUUCACCAGUGUUUUAUCGUAACUUGAACCUAAAAGACCUUUAUAAUGUUACCCUUGUAGUAAAUAUCACUUAUCAAUAGGGUAAGAUAAGGGAAAGGAAAAGCAGCCUCUGAUGUGUACGUGUAUAAUUUUUACAAAAAAAUCAUAUUUAAAGGAAUUGAUAAAAUGAAGCAAUAAAUAACGUAAUAGUUUUUAUUUCAAUCUUUUUAUAUUUUCUUUAACUUUAUUUAUUUUAUUUUGUAUCAGUUUUUCUCAUUAGCCUUUCUAUUUUGUUAGAUGUAACUUCCUAAUGGACAAGUUCUCUGUGAUGGUAAAACAGAAUCUGCUCUCUUAUUUACCAGAAGAAUUUGAACAAGAAUCAUGAUUUUUUUAUACAAGUUGUAUAUUUCAUAAAAUGCAUUCUGUCAUCUUUUUUUUAUAAAAUAAAACUUUACAAUGCA